GUGGUGGAGGGCUUGACGGACGGCUCGUUCAUCGGCUGGGAGAAGAAGAGUGUGGUGAUCCUGAAUGUGACCGACGACCCUGGGGGGGCUCGCACACGGAGGCUGCUGAAGGAGAACGAGGCGCAGGUGCGUUUGCUGUACUGCUCUCAGGAGGAGGCCGAGCUGGUCUUUCGUGCUGCCUGGGCCGCCGGUCAGGCCGGACCCUCGCACAUGUGGUUCGCGGUGGGCCCGGCUCUCUCGGGUCUGGGCAUGGAGAGCCUGCCUCGGGCCUUGUUCGCCGUACGGCCUCAGGGCUGGAGGGACGAGCCCCGCCGACGGAUCGCUCAGGGAGUGUCUGUGCUGACUCACGGGGCAUUGGCGAUGCGGAAGGAAUAUGGAACCCCGGGUGGGCCAAACUUUGUCACCACGUGCAUGACGGAUGCCAAUCAGACCCAAAGACUGCGAAGCAGGAUGAGGUAUUUCGGCAACAUCACGCUUGGUCGUCAAGACUAUUCCUUCAACAGCGAUGGUUACCUGGCGAACCCCUUCUUGGACGUCAUCUCCUGGACUCCUGGACGUGGGUGGGAAGAUGUAGGCUGGUGGGAGAAUGGUGUGCUGAAGCUUCGGUAUCCAGCCUGGUCCCGCUACGGGCCUUUUCUUAAACCGCCUGAUGAUGCCCAGCAUCUGCGUGUGGUCACACUGGAGGAAAGACCAUUUGUCAUUGUGGAGCUUGCAGACUCCACUUCUGGGACCUGCAUCCGUGAUUCAGUUCCCUGCAGACGACCCCUUAAUGCUAGUGCCAUUCACGAGGGUGUGGCUCCUCAGAAGCAAUGCUGCAAAGGCUUCUGCAUCGACAUCCUCAAGCGUCUCGCCAAGAUCGUCGGCUUCACCUACGACCUGUACUUGGUGACCAACGGGAAACACGGGAAGAAAAUCGACGGGGUUUGGAACGGCAUGAUCGGAGAGGUGGUGUACAAGCGGGCAGACAUGGCCAUUGGCUCCCUGACUAUUAACGAGGAGAGGUCAGAGGUCGUGGAUUUUUCCGUCCCCUUCGUGGAGACGGGGAUUAGCGUCAUGGUCUCCCGUAGCAACGGAACAGUAUCGCCAUCAGCUUUUUUAGAGCCCUACAGUCCAGCCGUGUGGGUGAUGAUGUUCGUCAUGUGCCUGACUGUUGUGGCCGUGACUGUCUUCAUUUUUGAAUUCUUCAGCCCUGUGGGCUACAACCGCAGCCUUCAAACUGGCAAGAAGGCUGGAGGGUCUACAUUCACUAUCGGAAAGUCUGUCUGGCUUUUAUGGGCUAUUGUCUUCAACAACUCGGUGCCAGUAGAGAACCCGAGAGGAACCACAAGCAAAAUCAUGGUGCUGAUCUGGGCUUUUUUCGCCGUCAUCUUCCUGGCCUCUUACACUGCUAACCUGGCCGCCUUCAUGAUCCAGGAGGAGUACAUUGACACAGUUUCAGGCCUCUCGGACAAAAAGUUUCAGCAUCCAGAAGAGCAGUAUCCACCUCUGAAGUUUGGUACAGUGCCCAAUGGGAGCACAGAAAAAAAUAUCCGCUCCAACUAUCCGGACAUGCACCAGUACAUGGGCAAAUACAACCAGAAAGGAGUAGAAGACGCCAUACUGAACCUCAAGACUGGGAAACUGGAUGCCUUUAUUUACGAUGCUGCGGUGUUGAACUAUAUGGCCAGGAAGGACGAAGGCUGUAAGGUGAUGACCAUAGGCUCGGGGAAGGUUUUUGCCACCACAGGCUACGGUAUCGCCUUGCACAAAAACUCACGCUGGAAACGUCCUCUUGACCUGGCUCUGCUGCAGCUGGUGGGAGAUGAUGAGAUUGAGAUGCUGGAGCGCCUCUGGCUGUCGGGUAUCUGCCAUAAUGACAAAAUUGAGGUGAUGAGCAGUAAACUGGACAUUGACAACAUGGCUGGGGUGUUCUACAUGCUGCUGGUGGCUAUGGGCCUCAGUCUGCUGGUGUUUGCCUGGGAACAUUUAGUCUAUUGGAAACUGCGCCACUGCAUGGCUACGAGUUCAGGCAAAUUGGACUUCCUCUUGGCAAUCAGCAGGGGCAUGUAUAGCUGCUGCAGCUUUGAGGAUGAAACAGCACCAGGCGGUCCUAAAUCUUUGCCUUCACACCACCACACAGCAAUGGUUACCAUCCCAUCGCAGCCACAUGUGGUCUCGACAACUGUGACCAACCCAGUCAUUGCCAUGGCGCAGCAACAGCCACAACCACAACAGCAGCAACCGCAGCCUGUUUACAAAACUCCUCUACCAGGCUCUCCUCCCACUGUGGUGCAUUCUGGAACUGGACUGGGCUCUUCCAACACCCCGAUCGCUGGUGCGCCCCUCCCUUGCUCCACUUUCUUGCCCCGGCCAGACCGCAGGCUGGCUGUUGUGGAUCGCUGGAGGCUGCCUAAAACUGCUACAGCCACCAACCCCUUGGCUGUAAGAGGGGCCAUCACUGACAUGGGACCGUUUGCCCAGAAGGUUCCACCGAACUGGGCUUCAACUGCUGGAGGAGGUGGGGGACUCGAUGGCUAUAAGAGAUACUAUGGUCCCAUUGACCCUGAGGGUCUGGGGUCCUGCAUGGAGCAGCAGGCAGGGUCCCAGACCCCCAAGACUAUACCUAGGGGCCACCCUCAACCCCCUCCAGCCAGUGUGGCCUUCUACACAGAGAAAGGCAUGGACUGUGGGGUGGGGAAGAGGGUGGUGGGAGGUGGCAGUGGAGGUCAGGGGAAAGGGCCUGUUAAACCUCUGGGCACUCCCAGACUGCCUCCUAAGAGUCAGGCCCCUUUGCCUCCUACACCUCCUCUGCCACACCCCUCUCCCCCUCUCCCUUCAUCCUUCUGGAGAAAGCGAAGGCCCAAGAAGCCCAAAGAGCCUGGAGGGCCACUGUAUGAGAACAUUCUGCCUCUGGGGCGGAGGGGAGGUACAAGAGAUGGUGUGAGAGAAGGAGGAGGGAGGAGGGCACGACCCCUUUCUCCUCCACUUUCACUUCCUAUACCAGUUCCCCUCAGCCCCUCAUAUACCCCUCCUUCUCCCUCUGCAUCUUUGCACUAUACAUCAUCGUCAUCUACGUCAACAUCCUCGUCAACAUCCACGUCUUCGUCUGCCUCAUCUUCUCGCUCCACCUCUCCCACCUACUCCUACAGCUCCUCCAGGAGCACACGAGAUAGGACUGGAGGACUUGACGAGGAGGAUGACGAUGAUGAUGAAGAACUGACAGAAGAGUCAAGCCUUCUCCUAGGGAGAGGACGAGAGAGGGAACGCUCAAUCAUACGGCCUCGUUCCCUCAGUCAUGGCCGCUUGCCACCCCCGAUACCCCCCAGGAAACCACGUACAUCCUGGGGUGACAGAGAAAGAGAACGGGGGAGGGAAAGAGGUGGGAGCCAACUGUCUCAGCUCCAAGAGUGGUGGGCAAGCUGGAGUGAAAGGGAGAGGGGUGGAACAGGUGGAGAUGCUGAGAGGCAAAAAAGGGAAAAGAAGAGGAGGAAAGAAAAGGAGAAAGAGAAAAAGAAGAAGAAAAAGAGCAAAAAGAGGAAAAAGAGAGAGGAAAGAGAAAGAGAACGUGAGAGAGAAAGGAAGCGCAGGAAGGUGAAAAAGAAGAAGAAGAAAGCACUGAAAACAAAGAAAAGGAAGAAAUCCACUGGGGGAAAACGGUCUGAGCCAGAGGACGGAGAUGUAGAACCUGAGAGGGAAGGAGAAGCGGAGGGAGAAAGGGAUGGAGGGAUUCAAGACUACUCCUCUUUUUCUGCACAGUACGGCAGCACAUUUGGUGAGAAAGGACGGGAUUCAUGGGAAGGAGAAAGAGGCAGAAGAGAGGGAGCAGAAGAGGACAAUGACAGGGAUGAAGACGACAGCGGAAGAAGCAGGGAUAGACGUCCCAAAUCGUCACACUCUAGACACCGCACCCCCAGUAAACGCUACCCCAACCCCAAUAAGUUUCCUGCAUCUGUCAAAUUUUGGAUGAAUGGCAGGGGAGGUGACUCGAAUGCUCCUCCAUUGUCUCUCCACCCACUCCUUCCAUCCGCCAAGCGACGAAAAAGUGGAGGGAUGGAUCGAGAAGACAGUGGUAGAGUAGGAGAGCGUCGCCCUCUUUUGAUGCAUUAUGAAAAAGAGAAAGCACAGACAAGAGAAGGGCUGUCCUUUCAUGAGUGGGACUCAGACGAAGACGAUGACGAUGACAACGAUGAGGAAGAGGAAGAACGGGAUAGAGUGAGGGAGCGGGUGGAGGAUAGGGGCAGGCGGAUGGGUAGGGGGGCUGUGUCUGAGUCAGAGAGGGACAGGGCAAGGGUGGAUGACAGCUACUCGGAUGAGGGUUCUUCAGGGGAGUUUGGUCGUUUUGAAAGAUACUGGGAAGAAGGAGCAGGAGGGAGCGGCACUGGGAUAGGGGGAGGUUGGUUCUUUGGUACCUACCCAUCGAGGGAGAAGGGAGGCAGCAUCAAUAGUCGAGAUGAUUCUUUACUUGGGACUCGUGCAGAGGGAUGGAUUGGUGCUGAUUUCUGGGGAUCGGGACAUGGCGUUGGUUGGGCACCUGGGGGAGGGAGUGGAGGGCUGGACUCCCAGUGGCCCCUGCCUCCAACAGCUUUCCCCCCACCUAGACGAUACUGGUCUAUGGACAAAAUUCCUGUAAAGGGAGAGAAAAGGUGGAAGAGUGGAGGUAAGAGGAAAGGACGGAGUAGGGAAAGAGCAGAGGAGGCAGGACGAGCAACUGUGUGUUCUUGUAGCCUUUACCCCCAACCACAUCCUUAUCCACAUCCCCAUAGCCGCUCACACACCUCCCAGUCCAAGAGAAGAGCCUCAGUUCUUUCUCAUAGCCAAGAAGAGCUUCUUCCCCACUGCCAAAGCUUCAGCGGGGGCUCACGUCCAAAACCUUUGCCUCCCAAACCAGAUUCCAAUCAAGCCAAAUCAGGCAGCCAGUCUAACCUCAGCCUCAACACACAGCCUACAGACCAUCAACCGCAACCUUCACCAUCACCACCUCAGCAACCAUCUAUGUCUCCCACAUCCCUUCCAAUGCCCAUCCCACCUCCCCCCUCUUCAGCCUCCAUCUCACCACCAGCAGGGGUGGGGAUGGUAGGCCAGGCUCAGGCUACAGCCAGUGCCAAACUGCAGUAUCAGAGACUGCGCUCUGUGCCACAACCACGGAGGUUCUACUCUCCCCACCUGCCACUCAAAGCCAAGAGCCUGUGCUCACGUCGUGGGUCAGCCCACUUCUCCAGCCUGGAGAGUGAGGUAUGACAGGGGGAGAGGAGAGAGGGAGACGUGGGAGCGAGCACCAAUGCUAUUGAAAACCAUGGUGCCAUGGCAGCUGGAGCUAGGGACGACACCAAUGAUAUGGCCGCCUUGGUGACCAUAGGUGAUCAGUUAGCAUCCAUCACUACAGAAACUAAUAUGGACAGUAGUUCUAUUGCUAACACUACUCUUGGUGAGGGCAACACUACUGCCACCCACUCCAUAGUACGCGUUCUUAUGAGGGCAACGGUGAGAUGCCACACCAGGGUGAGCUACAUCCGUCUGGAUGGUUCCCAGGACGAUGAGAGUGAAGGUGAGGCUGCGUCACCAGGGACACCAGCCCCAGAAUUUCUCCUGUCCUCAGAAAUGAGCUUUGUGAUGUCAUCUUCGGUUCUCCUCCCCUCCCCGAGUCACAACUGUGGAUAACAGUAGUCUCUGACCUGUGAGUAAUGAUGUCACGUUUGCACACGCACAUACCUGCACACACAGAUACACACACACAGCCGCACGCACACACAAUAUGCUCAAAACGUCUCCCUCCCUCUGGCUUUGAAAACACACCUCUCUGGGAUGAGGAGAGACCCACCUUUUCUCAAAAGAUGCCGGUGUUUGGUCAGUAGAGUCUGGCCUGUUGUCCUCAUUGGCUGUUGGCUUUUGAACUGGACUGGUGGACUGCUUCUUGGUGUUGGAGAGACUACUCCCUCUUCUUCCCUUUUUUAAGAAAAAGCAAUGCAGUCACCUCUGUCAUGCACUGUCUGCCUGAUUAUCAUUCAAUGGACAAUGAGCACAGUGCUAUUUUUUGGCCUCAUGACACCAUCAGACCCAUCUAGCUCUACCCCAGGACCAUCUGAUAUGAUGUCACGUUUUACUAAAAAAAAAACCUUUUAACUAGUCACACUGAACAGGAACCUUUUUUCCUCUAUACUGUUGGAGUUUGUCAUGUCACCUCUGGUCCAACUGGGAAAAAUCUUACCAAGUUUCAAGUAAUCUGAACAAAAAAACUCAAAAGAAGAACAACAAUAAGAACAAGAAAAAAGACAUGUAGCAAAAUUAUUUCUAUGUCUGUCUUUUCUUUCUUAUUCAGACUUCUCUCCCCAUCCCUCUUUUUAUUCUGUCAAAAUGUUUCUCUGACUGUGUUAGUGUUUUAAUAGGAGGCUGGAUGUGGCUAGUGUUGGAAGUGGGAAUGAUUUAAUAGCAGUGCCAAAUUUCCACUCUUGAGCUUUUACACUAAAUUGGUUUUCAAGUUAAUUCUUGUGAUAAAAUCUCGUCUUAUGUCUUAACGUGUGAACAGCGCAUAAUUUCACCCUCAUAUAAGUGGAUCCAGGGGAUGAUUAGUGCAAUAUCUGUAAUUGGCACUAGAUGGCUGCAUAAUAUUCAAACAAGCUUAUGAGACAGUUGUGCAGGAAGCUUGUGUUUGAUUUAAAUGUAGAAACACGACAGGUUUGAAAGUGUGUGUGCAGCUAUGAACUUAAUUACUUCUAUGAAAGUGUUCAGUCAGGAUUUAUUCUGAGGAGCUAGGGGGUUUUCAAACCAGGAGCUGUGUAUUUUAAAGCUCUCUUAGGAUACCAUUCUACAUUGCCACUAUUAUGUGUCUUGGCUGAAUUUGUGGAUGAUGGAUUAUGUGAAGCACAAUUCCUCAUUGUAUUUUCCAGUCAUGUGUGCCACAGUUGUAAAUGCACAAUCUCAAGGUAACAUAUUUUGCUGACACAGCUCCUCACAUGAUGACUAAUGUGGCUGUUGUAAAGGAUACAUUUCACAGUAACUAAGGUUUAAAUAGUAAAAAAAAAAAAAAAACCUGCGCUGAAGAGCUCAUCUUCCUUUGUCUUUUUUCCUUUUUUCAGCAAAUAAGACAGAAUGACAUACUGUGAAUGUUUUGAGGUGCACAUACAAUAGCUGAAACAUCAGUGAAUACAGUCAACAAUAACUCCUGAGAUUUAGAUUAUUGGAUGACUGUUUGACUUUGAGCAAUAUUCCCACCUUCAAUGUGACAGGGAUGCAGUGGCACAUCAUUGUAGUUGAUUUUCUUUGGAUUUAAAAUUAGAUUUGCUGUUUGAAUCAGGGUCAGAUGUUUCACAUCUUCAAGUUUUUACUAGCAGAAGAUUUUUAAGCUAAUUUGGUCAGAUGUGGAUGUUCGUAAAUGGUUUAAAUCUCCAACUUUUGGCUAUAGGUUAAAAAAUUUAGAAAUGCUACAUGUUUAAGACUGAGUGGUGAUAUGUAGCAUUGUACCUUCUGUGCCAAAAGCCACCCACUGUUUAACUGUAUAAAUGUUGCAGUGCCAAACACUAUUCUCAUAACUUCAACACAUCCACUUCAUGUCUCACACUAAGACCAGCCACAGCCCAGCCAUUUGUCUAUCGUAGUUGAAUGUAGCGUUGAACUGAUGUAGCAAAAGAACACCUACAUUCUUUGUAGCUUUUUUUAUGAAUGCUGUUUAUAAAGGCUAGAUGGAGGGGGUGGGGGAGGGGUUGACCUGCUAUGCGAGGGGCUCUGCAUUGUGUUUGUGCAUGUUGUCACAGAUCGGAAGGUUAGUCGACCUUUUCACGUCCCCAGUUUUUCACUCUUUCGCCCUUCUUGAGGUCAGACUGUACCUUUUUAUCUGCACAUGGAUUGCUUUUUUUUCUAAGUCUCUGCGGGGCUAUUUUUAAAAACAACGUAUUUUUAGAGAAAUGCUUUUUGCUGUUUCCCAUCCCCCCUUUGGAACGUCCCAGACUCAUUGCAUGUUUAGCGGAAUGAAAUUGCCAAGAUUUGUGUGGCAGGAGGGCUGUGUAGGUCAGUCGUAGCAUUUGGGAACCAGGACAGCCACCUUUUUUCGAUGAGAUAGCGAGCGCAGUCUGCUCUGCACCCCAGCAGUGGAAAACACGUCAGCAGUUCGACUGUUUCCUGUGUAACACAACACAGUUCUUUUCAACCAACUAACAGGGCUUAAACCUGGUGUGUCAUUGAGCAUUAUUGAUUUCUUUUAAGGCACUAAUACUUAAGUCUGUGACUGCAUGAACAGAACUGACUCUUUAAAAACCCUCUGGCUUAUUUUGUUUUAUUUAUUUUAUUAUAUGCUGAGAAAAAAAGAAUAUAUUGAAAUAUACUAUGUUUUUGAGAAUGAACCAUGUUAUACUGUGAUUUAACUGAGAUAUUUUAUUGUAUUCAAUCAUCAUUUGAAUUCUAUCAUUUAUCUAUCAAGAAAAAUAUAUGUACAAAUAAAUAUAUACAUAUAUACAUACAGGUAUAUAUAUAUAUUAGUUAAGUUUGGUAUAUUUGGAGGAAGUGUUAGAUGAAAUAGUUUUAAAUGUUUUAGCUUUGUAGCGAUUCUAGACUCGGAAAUCAUUUUUGAAUUUUGAUUCCUCCUAUAUGACUGUGAAGACAUUAGUGCCUGUGACAAAAAAAGACAAGCAAAAGUCAAAACUCUUUAUUCAUCUGUAUCUACUACGGCUAUCAGUCCAUCACUCCUAUAGAACUACCUAACAUCACCGUUUCACAUUUUCUCCUCAUCAGUGUUUUUUUUCCACGUAAACUUAUUUUUUCUAUUUUUUUCUCAGCUUUUUUUACUCCUGGUUUUUACGACCAAGCUCUGUAGCAUCUCUUUGUUUAAACAUCUGUUGCAAAGUCGUCACAUCUUUGUUAUUUAAGCCAUUCAUUGACAUUAACUUCUUUCCCUUUGAUCGCUUUUUCAUUUUUUUUAUAAAUCAGCCCAUUUCUCUGUCUCUCACUUAGCAAAAAACAGAGACCAGUAGAUACUGUGUUCUUGCUCCUUUUGACUGAUUGUUGUUGAUGAUGAUGAUGAUCAAUUCACUGGUUGAUAAAAUAAUUACUGAACAAUGUUACUAUUACUGAUGUGACUGAAGUGUGCAUCUGACGACCACACCACUGUAGCAAGUCUGGGCUGUACCACACCACCAGCGAGCAAGUGGGGCCACAGUUGCUAUGGUGUUGCCAUGGCAUUUUGAAUGGCGUUGCCAUGGUGUCCUCUGCACCUCCAUCACCUGGUGCCUGCUGGGUAAUAUAGCAUAAUGUCCUUCACUUUCUCCGAGUCCCUGGUCAAAUAUCUGCUACCUGUUCUAAACUUUAUGAACACAAAGUGGAAUAAUUAUAAUAAAAAAGACGGUUUGGUGAAGAGCUAAGGAGUGCAGAUCUAGACUGGACUGGCUUUGCCUUGAAUGUCCUAGAGUCUUUUUGUCAACUAUGCUUGAAAUUAUCAGUAUAAGUUGCCUCGCGUGUGAUUUUAAAAGCUUUAUCACUGAUGGCCAUAAAACAAGUGGGAACUUUCUCAGUGCUUGCACAUUUCUAAUAUUGAAUUGAAAUGUUUGAUGCUAAGCAGGGAGAUGAUGUACUGCAUGAAUUUCAAUCAACAGUAUGCCGCAGCAUGAGUGUGCAACGCUCUCUCCUUUGCUUGUUUUUCAUCUCCUGCAAUUUCUGAAAAAUGCAUACACACACAUUUGCUGUGCAUGCAUAUUUAACACCCAAUCACCCAGGCAAUGAUCCUCAUCCUCCGCUAACACUCACUCAGCUGCAGUUCAAAUCAACAUCUUCAGAAGUCUCAUUGUUCCACGCAAGCUUUGCAAAUGCACGCUCAUCCGAUAGCUACUCUAAGUUAUUAAAAAAUGUCCUCUGUGUAAAAUUUCAUCCACCUGAGGGAGCUGAAAGCAUUCGCAAUGAAUAUUCUGCUUGUUUGGAGCUGUCCAUCUUCUCAGUUUGUCAUUCGUCUUCUCCUGCCGCUUCUCAUAAAUCAGUUUCUGUUUAGACAAGUCAAGUUCAAUUUGUUUUACUUUGCUGGCUUGCUCCUUCUUUAAUUUACAUCUUUGUUGUGAUCGGUUUUGAUUUAUUAGAUUUCCUCCUUGGUCAAAAAGCAUGCACUGAAUAGUCCAGUCCAGUCUAGAACAGCGUGCUCCACUGGCAGCUCUAUUGCCUGAUUUCGUAAAUGAUCCCAACGCAGCCUCAAGAUCACCCCCCCUUCCCCCUCUUUCCCCACCACCAAUGGCCCAUGACCUGGUAACCAAAAUGUGUGGUGCUCCUGAAUUCAAACAGGGUCCUCAUCGGCUGAAAUUGGCCAUGAUUUAUAUAAAGGAAAUACAGGAGCGUCACACGUAGUGCUUGUCAGGUCCAGGGUCUGCAUGUUGCACCAUGAAAAGCUUACUGUACUGCAGUGACAGGACACUUCUACCCACAGAAACCAGAGUGUGUUCUCACCACUGUACAAGGCCCAGCUCUGCUCUAGUAACCUCGCCAACACUACAGGCCUGCUUACGGGCUGCUAAGGCGAGUUGCUAGUAGGGUGAUGUUGCUCCUAGCCCAGACUGGUCUGGUCUAUGCCCUCAUUUAAAAUGUGUUAGUUUCUUUGACAUUGUCUGUCUGGGGUGGGGCUGGAGGGUCAGUGCUGCACUUACUUCCUGAGAAUUGCUUCAUAAAAUAUGAUUCUCUCUAAUUAA